AUGCGGGGGAUGGACCUCGUGUUAUGGGAGGAAUGCGACCGUGAAGCCUCGCUCCGAGCAGCAAGAUACCAGCAGGCGCUGCGACGGUACGACUGUCGCAGCGUCCGCUCCAGGACGCUCGAGGUGGGCAAUCUCGUCCUGAGGCAGAUGCUCUCCGGGGAAGGCACCGGGAAAUGGCGCGCAGCACAAAAUUUCGGCGUAGUUAGGUUUCCUCCUCAAAGCGCCGCCAGAAAAGCCCAAUAUUUCCCCCUUCUCCCGAAGCGUCCAGCCGACAUCGAGCCAUCCUCCACCGUUGCGCCGCCGUGCUCACCCCACACCGUCCGGUCGUGCUCGCCCCCGUCCAGAUCCACCACGCAUGGUCUAUGCAGAUCGUUGCUCUCCUACACUGCCGCCUCUCCUUGCCGCCAGAGGGACAGAGAACAGGGGGAUCGAGACCGUGGAGGAAAGGCUACAAGUGUCGGCGCCGCCCAACAGGAGCCCGUGAUGGCCGGUUGGCUCGGACGACAGCGCCGGCAUCUACAUGACCUUGAUGAAGUCCGACCCCAGCUCCACCUCUGCACUGGCCAUGACACCAUGAUGCCCCAGCUACCUAGAUCUAUAUACUUUCCAGGGGAUAGGAAACUAAGGUCAGGAUGCCAGAACAUCUGCAAGUACAAUUUCAGAACUUCAUGGGAUGUGAAGUUAACAUACAAUGCUGAAGGAGAAGAUCAAGGAAAUCAAUAAGGAUACCGAUUUCUACAGCGAUAUGUUUGCCAUGAUGUUGGCUAGCUGUAGCAAAUUGUAGCUAGCUAGCCAAUUUUAGACAAACAUGCAGUGGUUGGUUAGUUUAGUUAGCCCGUUGUAGCUAAUUGUAGCUAGCUAGCCUAAUUCUGGACAAACAUGCGGUGCUGGUGAUAUUAUCGCAUCUGAUGUGUAUAUGUGAUUACUGAUAUCCAGAGUUAUCUAUAUUAAUUAUAUGAUUUGACUUA